UAACAUUUCUGAAACAGCGGCAAAAUGCUAAUCAAGAAGUAUAAAAGAUCACCUGAGUGCCAAGAUUGAUCAUAGUAAGAUUUCAAGCUUCGAGCUGUUAAGAAAGUUCAUUUGAACCAACAAACACAAAACCUCAUAAAAUAAGCAACAUGAAGUUCGCCGUCUCCGUAGUCUUGUUCGCUUUGGCCCUUGGCGCUGCCCACUGCUCGGUCGUACCAUUGAUCAGUCAAAUCAAUGGCGCCGUUUUGGCCUCACCACUUGGUUCCGUUGCCGUACAUGCCGCCGCCGUGCCAGCCGUUGUCGCCGCCCCAGCACCAGUACAGAUCAUCACCGCUCCCGCCGUGGUAGCUGCUCCCGCUGUCGUGGCCGCUGAAGGCACCUAUGUGGCUAAGACCCGUGGCGCUGUACAUGUGGCACCACUGCCCGGUCACAUACAAUCGGCAGCAUCAGUGAACUUGCAACCAGCUCCUGGCACUCUCUAAAUAAUUAUUUUCCGAUAGUUAUGAGU